UUUCUGUGUCAUCGUAAGGUUUUGGGUAGGGACUGUUGCAUACUUAAAAAGAGUCUUUUAAGAGUUUGUGCAGAGUCGAGGGACCAGUUUGGUAAUGGGUGCCCCGCCUACCUUAUCCAUGGCUAUCUGACUUAGAAUUGGGGUUGGAUAAAUUUUGGGAUAUGGAAAGGCUAAUAGUAUAGUAAUAAAUAAUAAUGGCAACUGCUGUACUUGUUUGGACCAAGGCACCUCUGCAAUUUCCAUAUCCCCGCGCUGUCUCCAAGAUUCACCCGCGAAACUCUUCUGUUGCUCCUCCAAUCUCAUGCUUCUCUACCAGUGGCCCUCGUCCUGAUAGCGCAGGCAUGAAUACCGAAGCAGCAGCAGGAGAGAAGAUGAGGCAAAAUCAACAAAGCCUGGGCUUGUUGGAUAAUCUCUUCCUCCAUUUGUUCCGCGCCAAAAUGGUCCGAGAAACUGGAUGGGAGUCGGAGAAGCCUGGAUAUGACGGACUUAUUGAAGUUGCUAAUCAUCUUACAAUUGGUCGAUCAAAUUCUGAGACUAUUCAAGCAUCGGUCCGGAUUUUAAGGUCGCUGUUUCCUCCGCUGCUAUUGGAGCUUUACCGCAUCCUCGUUGCGCCUCUAGCACAAGGGAAAGUCGCCGCCGCUAUGAUCGCAAGGGUGACCGCACUUUCGUGUAAAUGGUUGAUGGGUCAAUGCCAGGUCAACUCCGUACCACUUCCCGAUGGAUCUUCUUUGAUGAGUGGGGUUUUUGUGGAAAGAUGCAAAUAUUUAGAAGAAAGUAAAUGUGUGGGCGUAUGUAUCAAUACCUGCAAGCUUCCUACGCAGACUUUCUUCCACGAUUACAUGGGAGUUCCCUUGCUGAUGGAGCCAAACUUCACCGACUAUAGCUGCCAGUUUAAAUUUGGAGUCGCUCCUCCUCCACCCGAAAGGGAUAUCGCACUGACAGAGCCCUGCUUAGAGACAUGCCCACAUGCCAGUCGCCGUGGGAGAGCAGCAUUUAGCCCCGACCAUAAACCAAAUUGCCCUAAAGCAUGACUAACAAUGGCUCGCGCAUUCUUCGGGCCUCACUUCCAUCUCAAAUUGCUGAGCUGGAACACUUCGUUAUGGAAAUUGAUCGAUCGCAAGCCGCUAGGCGGCCAAUCCUUUUUCACUUUAUCGACCAGCUUACACGGGAGUUCCUAUGUAUCCUCGUCGCCUUACUUUCAAUUACGCUUGCUUCCUACCGUUCAUGUUCCGCUGUUACAAUGAAGUCAGGCAAAUUGGUCAAAAGUCCUACAAGAUUGUGGCAUCUCUGUUACCAUAUGCCUGCUUCUUCUCAAAGUUUUGACAUGUCCAACGCCCGCUUGAUUCCAAAUAUAAUUUAGUAUUAUGUUUCAUUAACUUCAUCAAUUGCUCGAGUAGGAGCCUGGAGUUGGCAGUAUAGGAGCUCUGGGAGAGAGCUGGUUUCUUUCAAGUACCGGAACGCAAAUAAACUGGCGAAUCUGUGGCUCUCUAGUCGAAUGCAAGAGAAUUGUCAUUGCAAAUAUCU